AUGCCGCCACCUCAACGCCUUCAACAUCAAUACUCGAUUUUACAGUCCCCCGAGUCCCUUCAGGCCCUGCUGCGGCACCACACCCGGGGACAGUGGCAAGACGCAAAAUUCGCAAACAUGUCUGGAUUACUAGCCUUCGUCCUUGGCGGAGAUGGCAAGAACUCCGCCAUCGACUUGCCCGCAGUGGAUGUGCAUCACAUAGAGACCAACCCUGAACGUCCUGCUCGGUCUCUCAAACAUCUUCUCAAAGCCAACCACGUCAACUACGCCGUACUGUGCAGUCAAUCCCGGUCUGGCAACGAAACUGCCCACGCCCUUGCUUCAGCGUACUUGCUAGGUGCCACUGCGACCCAACUCCAGGACAUGUACGAGGAGCAGGUCAAAGAACUGGAGCCUUGGAAGCCGUCUCCUGCCGAGGUCGUGGACAAUGACUGGGUCGACUUUCUAGGAGACGAUCGUUAUCAGCGAGGGUUUCUCGACUUCUUCGAGGACAAACUAGCCAUGGAAUAUGCCUACGACUGGAAGAAAGUGGUUGAGCACUUUCUCUUCUCGUCUGAACGGCCGCUGGUCCACGGAUUGAUAUGCGGGUUCGGUCAUCCUCUCACCCAUCUAGGAUAUGCUUAUGAGAUGGACAGUAAGGAAGUAGCCAUGGAAGCUCUGACAUUGGCGUCGGUACAGCACAGCUUCCUCUACAAGUACACAAGUGACCCGUCCUGCACCAGGCAGUCCUCCAAACGUACCAGCGCCUCUGUUCUCGAACUGCUCGUUCAAUUGUCUGACGACGAGGCCCUGAGAGAUUUGCCCGAGGCUAUUGAGCCUCGCGAGUUGGAAAGCACGAUUUCCAAGUAUGAGGGUACGGUUCUGGACUACUGGAACGCCUGGGAUAUUUCCGAACCCGUCAAGGAUUUCGAAAAGUCACAGCAGGCUGCAGUGGGCCUGUUUGUUUCAUCAGUUGACCCGACCCUCCACGAGUACAGCUUGCUGUUUGCCGACUUGUUGACAACUAGCUAUGCGGUACGGGUCCUUCUUUCAUUCUUCCCGGCCCGAUAUCACGUCAGCCUCGUGAAGGAGUGGUGGCUGUUGGUCGUUGCUGUAUUCAUCCUCAAGGGACGACCGCGCCCCAAACCUGGAACCGAGAGAAAGGAUGCAGCCGGGCGCGACUGGAACCAUGUGCAACAAAAGGCGCUGCAGUCGCCGCACUUGAACGAUGCACACUAUGCCAAAGCGGUGCGUGUGAUGAGGGAUUUGGCCAGGACAUGGGGGGAUGAUGAUGACUUCUAUCUUCUGGCCGCUGCGACCUUUGUGGAUAACUUCCGAGGGUGGGCAUCCUAA